GGAAGGAAAAUCAGAACCAUUAACAAAAGGAGAAUAUGUUGAUAGACGGGCAACCCAAUAUAAUUACAGAGGUCGAUCGGGAAGGAAAUCAGGAACAAAUACUAUUGCUUGAAUCAAUCAACAAUGGCUUCCCAAUCAGGGUCACAGACAAUCAGCCUGAAGGUUCUGAUGGACAAGAAGACCAACAAGGUAGUAUUUGCUGAAAGUAAAAGUGACUUUGUGGACAUUCUUUUAAGCUUCUUGACUAUGUCCAUGGGAACCAUGGUGAGACUCAUCAGCAAAGAACCACAACCAGCCACUCUUGGAUCCAUGACCACUCUAUACAAAGAGGUGGAGAAUCUUGAGCAGCAGCAGCUUCUGCAGACUCAGGCAUGCAAGUCUAAGCUACUUUAUCCAAAGAACCCUUCUGAAAAUGAGUGCAGGAAACUGAAACUGAAACUGAAACUGAAUGUUGAUGAUACAGAGCCCAUCAAGUAUUAUAUUUGUGUUGAUUGGAAUUGCAGCCGAAGGUGGACUGGCGGUUUGUAUACUACUUUCAAGAAUGUCAGAUGCAAUUGCGGGAGAAUGAUGGACAGGGAGAUACGCAGGGAAAAAGAAAACGAGGCUGCAAGUCCUGAAGUAGAUGGAGGCGUGUUUGUUCAUGGAAAGACCAAGUUUAUAGUAACUGAUGAUUUACGGAUAGAGCCCAUGUCUACAGCUACUAUCUUGACACAGUUGAGCAAAUUAGGGCUCAAAGACAUGAGUUCACUCCAAGAGACCACAUUGAAUAUUGGCUCAGAGGAGAUUUUGAAACUGCUCAAGGGAAUUUUAUUUUCCAAGACACCUCUGACAGAUGUGUUUAUUAGAAAGCAAGAAUUUACAUCUGAAGGUUUAAAAUUUGAGAUGGGAGAUUUGUUGCAGUCUUCCUUGAGCUCUGCAGAAGGUUUGAAUUUGAAAUUAAUGGUCAACAAGUCAAUUAAAAAAGUGUUAUAUGCUGAAGCCAGGGAAGACAUGGUUGACUUUCUUCUCAGCUUCCUUACUUUUCCUCUUGGAUCCAUUUUACGACUCUUGGGUGGGAAUUCAUCACUGGGAUCCAUGGACAAUUUGUAUAGAAGUGUGGAAUGUUCAGGAGUUACGAGGGAUGAUAGUCUAAGAGAGCUGCUGCUGCAACCUGUGGUCAGCCGUGGUUUUGGUUGUAGUAGCAACCCACUAGGAGUAAAAGAAUCUGAACAGCCUCCUUCUUCCUUGUGGUGUAGAAGUGUACAGGAUAAUUAUAACAACUAUUACACCGGUUGCUUGACUACUGAGAAGCGUGAUAUGUAUUGUGCUGGCACGUUUUCACAAUUACGAUUUGUAAAUCCCAAGUCUCCAACAAGUGAAACAGCUGGUCAAGGAGGAUUUCUCAAGGGACCAGAGACGUUCUUCAUAACAGACGAUUUGGUUUUCACUCCAACAGAUUCCUUCUGGAGUCUCUCCUUUCUCAAAAGCAUGGAGUUUCCCCUAGAUGACUUGGAGGUUCGUACGGUUAAAAUGGGCACGGUGGAGGCUUUGAGGCUAUUGAAAGCUUCUCUUCUCUCCAAAUCAGUAUUGACAGAUGCCUUGGUCAACUUUGCCCGAAAGAUUCCUAAAGAAGAGAAGUAAACUUGUUGAACCCUAAUAGCCUAGAGGUCAGUUACUACUGAACCUUAAUUUUUUGAGGGUAUUUUGAUUUAAUGAACUUUAUCAUGAAUGUAAACUUGUGUUUGUCAUCGAUGUUUACCUUAUAGGACAGCAUAUUUACCAGUCUAUAGCCUUUUUUAUUUUGUAGUA